UACUCGCGGAUCGUGAGUUCAGUCUGCGACUGGCAACCGCGCGUAUAACGUCGUUCCUACCUUUUUCCCUUCCUCUCUCUCUGCCUCUUCCUCCUUUCUGCUCGUCGCACGUUGCGCCGUCGCGCGAGUUUCAAGUGGAGAGGCAAAGCGGAGAUCUCCUCUCGGACCGCCCGGAAGACACGCGGAAUUAAUUUUCACGGAGAAUUUCCGGCGUACCGUUUUCCGGUUCAGGCGGUUUUUUUUCGAAAACAAAAAAGAAAGAGAAAAGGUGAGACAAGGUGGGAUAAGAUGAGAGCCGACGUCGCGUCGAGGAUGAUCUCCCGCUACCAGGCGCGUCGACGUUGCACGUUAUCGGGGCGAUCUUGAGGCGGUCGGAUGUGCAGCGACGCGCCAUCGCGCAGGAUAACAACGCGCGACGGGCUCCUACGCCGGCAGAAUCGCUGAUUCGCCAUUCAUCGAGUGCUCUCAUGAAGUCAUCACUCAACGGAGAACAUGAAGACCGAUUAUUUCUCGAUAAUCGCUAGACUAUGUACGCUGUUGAUGUUGUUCGGUCCAGUCACGGAUGUCCAGUCGCUGGAUAUACGAUCAUGCAACCGGUCCUUGGGGAUGGAAUCGGGUGACAUACCGGACUCAGCUAUCACUGCAUCCUCGUCGUACGUGACGAACGUCGCACCGCGGAAUGGCCGACUUCGGACGGAAACCGCUGGCGGUGCUUGGUGCCCGAAAAUGCAAAUAGAGAAAGGGGUUCGCGAGUGGCUUCAAGUCGACCUACAGGGUGCUCAUGUCAUUACUGGUGUGCAGACACAAGGCCGCUACGAUAAUGGCCGCGGUCAGGAAUACGUCGAGGAUUACACCCUGGAGUAUCGACGUCCCGGCUUCACUCAGUGGCGCCGAUAUAAGCGCUGGGACAAUGUAGAGGUUCUGACCGGCAACAGCGACACUUCCACCAUUGUGUCACACAAAUUGAUUCCACCUAUCUUCGCCAGCCACAUCCGGAUCUUGCCACACUCGGAACACAGGCGUACGGUUUGCCUUCGUAUCGAAUUCCUAGGAUGCCGAGAUACGAGCGGCAUCGUCAGCUACACCAUACCAGAUGCUUCCAUGACAGAGCUCAGUGAUAUUUCGUACGACGGUAAGAGGCAGGACAACUUGUUGACCGAUGGCUUAGGUUGUCUAACCGAUGGCGAAGUCGGCGCGGAUGAUUACAGGGUAGACAUGAGAGACAGAAGAGGUACGGGUUGGGUUGCUUGGCUUCGUGACACCUUUGAGGAGAACUUUGUGGAGCUCAUAUUCGAGUUUGAAGCCAUCUUGAUCUUUGAAGCGGUUCAUAUCUACACCAACAAUUAUUUCUCACGAAACGUGCAGGUAUUUUCGAAAGCGGACAUUUGGUUCAGCCCCGACGGCGAGACCUACGAGGAUGAACCCUUGCCUUAUUCCUAUAUACCGGAUUUCGUGCUGGAGAACGCCCGAAAUGUCUCGAUCGGCCUUCACGGACGACAGGGGCGAUUGUUGAAGAUGCAUCUGUACUUUGCCGCGCGAUGGAUCAUAAUCAGCGAAGUAACAUUCGACGCCACGAAUCCCUACGAAAACACUACGGAGGAGGCGGCAUCCGAGUUCAGCAACCGAGAAAUUCCAGUCAACCCCGAAGUGGAUCUCAACUUACAAACGAUAACAGCACCCGGAGAUGGCCAAGAAUAUAUGGAAGUAUUGAUAGGCGUCCUUACUGCCAUCAUACUGCUGCUCUUGUCCCUCUUCUUUGUUAUCCUAUUUCUGAAUCGGCGACAGAAGCUGCAGAGCUCUCCGACGGUGUUAAAAAAUCCAUUCGGAUUCGCUAUAAAUAUGAAGGGUCUUCUUUUAAAUUUAACGCCCGGUGGGAUGCUGACGGCGGAAGCUGCCAAUCGUGUAACACCUGACAUGCCGGAGGACGUCAGCAUGCACGAGUCUCUUACGAUGGAGCAAUUUAACUCGCCGCUCGUCAGUCCCCAAUACAAAUCCACUUACGCGAUCGUAGCGAGUUCCGAGUCUCCGAAGGACUUCAACAAUGUAGAGAUCCCGGAAGAGGAUGCACGACUGGACGCGGGACCGGAAUCCGCAGUUGGUCCAUCCAGCUGCUCCUCGUCACCGACGAACUCGCCGCCUCGUCAUUCCCAACACUACAGGACCCUUCAAAGUUAUAGCAGUCCAACUAGGAAACUCAAUAUCGCGGUUACGCCCAAUCACCAAAGGGACGUCGAUCAAGUUCACUCGAAACGUUGGCACACAGCACCAAAGGAGAAGCACAAGGUACCAGCGCCCGUCGUCAGUUGGAAUAUCGCACCGAGCAUGAACAAGUCGUAUAAAUGCAAAGAGAUAGAGCCAACCAAUAUACCACGUCAGUGCCUACGAACGACAGAAAAACUUGGCUCGAGGAACAUAGGAGAAGCAAUAAUAUGCGAGGCUGUUGGUCUAGACGAGGUCGUGUCCGGCGCUUCUAGACUAGUCGUUGCUCGCGUACCGUUGUGCGCCAGCGAUAUUCGGACCAACAACUCAGUGGAUCAGAUGAGGGAAGUUCGUUUCCUGUCGUGUCUGUCUGAUCCGAAUGUGGCACGAGUUUUGGGAGUGUGCACUGUGGAACCAGUACCAUGGACGAUCAUCGAGUACACGGAACUCGGUGACCUCGCUCAUUAUCUUCAGUACAGUGUACCGCUCACGGGAACGCUCAGGCCGAACUGCAAUCUGAAAGCGCUCAGUCAGAGUUGUCUGCUGUAUAUGGGAACGCAGAUAGCAUCCGGAAUGAGAUUCCUCGAAUCGAAGAAUCUGGUGCACAAGGACUUGGCGGCCAGGAAUUGUCUAGUAGGUCGUUCUUACACCGUGAAAGUUACCGAUAUAGCCAUGUGCAGUGAUCUUUAUAAGAAAGAUUACAGCGAUAUAGGGGGUAGACCGCCCGCGCCGAUCAGAUGGCUGCCGUGGGAAAGCAUUCUCUUGGACAGGUACACGUGUUCGAGUAGCGUCUGGUCCUUCGCCGUGACACUCUGGGAGGUAAUGAGCCUGGCUAGGGAAAAGCCCUUUCAACAUCUAUCGAAUGAUCAAGUUAUUCAGAACGCUGAGCACAUGUACUACGGAGCGGAGUUACAAGUACUUUUACCGAAGCCAACGAUGUGUCCGGAGGAGAUCUAUCGGAUGAUGUGUUCGUGUUGGAGAAGAGACGAGAUGUCGCGACCGACUUUUAAAGAUGUCUACACGUUCCUGAAGAACAUAAUAGCGGACUAUCGACCUGGUGCAUAAGUAAUCUCACUUAACUGUGAUACAGAGUGGACGGAUGAUCUUUUGGACGGCGUCGUCGGAAAUAUUCCAUGUGAAAGGCUGGCGUUUACUCAAGACGAUACUCGUCGGAUGACGUGACGCCUCGCGAAUCAGAUUCUCGAGAAAUGUACAAUCGUUAGCUUUAGACAUACAUAUGUAUCGUAAGCGAGCUCAAACUGGAUCUCGCAUCUCCUUCCUCGCGCAGACAAUUCGACAAACGGAAAAUCGCACUCUUAGUACAGCUCAGCAGUGAUCGAUGAUGACCUCUCGCUCUUAAUCUGUUGUCCAGACGAAAGUAAUGGCGAUAUUUUCGCGUUUGCUGCAAAUGCCAAAGGAGCAAUAUAUUAUAUAUAUUAUAUGAUUACCAUGCGUCAGAUUUUUUUUCGGAUAAAGUCCAUAAUAUUAUAGAAUAUCUAUAAUUUUAUUAUUUUAUUUAUUAUUCUCUUUUUUUUAUUCAUUCGAUUCGUUGUGCGAACGCGUUAUUUUUGUCUGGACUUCUGAUAUAAUUUCGUUUUCUAGUCAAUAUCAAACUUUAAUUCUCACGAAAGUGCUAUCGUGUACAGUAUUCUAACAUUAAUAAUAUGUAAUGUAUGCUCCUAUGCUCAGUACUGAUAAAGUCUAUCCAUUUGUACAUAUGAACUUAGGUCAUAAAUUAACUAGAUAAACGGGAAAUUUUUACGGCAGUAGGCAUCACGACGGCUCUCUUUUUCCUUUUUUCUCUUUUUAUUUAUUUUUUAGACCGUUAAGCUUAACUUCUUCACGAAUUUCAUGAUACGUAGGAAUUACCCUAACGAGAUCUUCUUUUAACUUAAUUCGCAAAUAUAGUGAGUAAUGGCUCGAGUGUCAAGAGUAUCCAAAAAAAAGUAGAUUUGAGCAAUAUUUGGAAAAGGGUUGAACGUUUAAUCGGUUAAAUGCAGGCGUGGUGUAAACAUUUUAUUAGCUCACCGUCUUUCUACGCCCUAAAAAUUUCGGCUUAGUCAACUUGUACAUUCAAGGCCCAGUAGUAAGUACUUAUUGUCCCAUUAUCCGUUUCAGUUUAGAAUGUACCGUCAAGAGGUGUAGGUUUCAGAUAUGUUCUUCCCAAGAACGUAGCGUUAAUACAAACACAUAUCUUUACUAAUUUUUAUUUAAGAGCAGAAGAAUGCCAAGAACAUCUAGCGAUGAGUAUCGUGCUCUGAAAAGAAUCAAUGAAAAUGUCGACAAUGCCAUACGUUUGUUAAAAUUUCAGAUUAUCGCAUGGAGCGUGUGACGAUAGCAAUAUAAUGUAAAGAUCUUAAUACAAUCUAUCUCAUCUAUUAAAGAAUACUUUCCGAUU